AUUCUGUCAUCUGUCAACCGGACGCCGCCAUUCAUAUUUAAAUAUCCCUCAAAAACGGUUUCCGCGAUUUUUCCCACGUAAUUCGGCAAAAAUGCGGUGAAGUGCGAUGACAAGCAGCGAAAAUGGGGCGAAGGCCCCCGUCAUUCACGACUUCUGCAUUAUCAAGCCCAUCAGCCGGGGGGCCUUCGGCAAGGUGUUCCUGGGUUGCAAGAAGACCAACACGGACGUGAUGUACGCGAUCAAGGUGAUGAAGAAGACGGAGAUGGUGAACAAGAACAUGGUGUCGCAGGUGGUGAACGAGCGGAAUGCGUUGGCUUUGACGAAGAGCCCGUUUUGUGUGCAGUUGUUCUACACGUUGCAGACGACGUCGUCGGUUUACCUGGUGAUGGACUAUAUGGUUGGGGGCGACUUGAAGAGCUUGUUGAGUGUGUAUGGGUUCUUCGACGAGGGGAUGGCGGCGUUUUAUGUGGCGGAGGUGUGUCUGGCGUUGCAGUAUCUCCACAGUCACAGCAUCAUUCAUCGGGAUAUCAAGCCGGAUAACAUGCUGCUGUCGAAGGAGGGGCACGUGAAGCUGACGGAUUUUGGGUUGUCGUGCGUGCAGAUACACAGGGAUUUGGAGAUUUCGGACUUCGAGAACGCGACGCCGAAUUUGUGCACGAGGACGCCAGGGCAGCUGCUGAGUUUGACGUCGCAUUUGAGCUUCGGCUCUGGGAACUCAAGGUUCUGCAGCAAACACGACACCUCCGCCACCAACUUCGAAAAGAAACUCGACAGCGGCUCGGUCCUCUCCGGCGUGGCCUACCUCUCCGCCGAGGAGGCGUCCCUCCAGGUCACCGACACCAGCUCCUACCACACGUGCACCAGCACCCAGACCGCCGACUCGCACACCUCCCCCGUGAGCCGAAGAUGCUCCAAGUUCCGCGCCGGCGACCGCAAGCGCAAGCAGCGCUCCCCCUCCACGGACAACCCCCCCAAGUCCUUCCUCAAGACCGGGCUCACCGGCGAAAUGGAGAUCCUCCGCGUCGACUCGACCAGUCCCCCCAAGGGGGUGACCUUCUCCACCCCCGUGUCCAGCCAGAAGCCCAACAAAGCCCCGAAGACCACCCGCUUCGAGCUGCCCGCCGGCAACAAAACCGAGGAGAACGUCGUCAGCCCCAUCACCCCCAAGACGCCGCGGACGCCGUACAGGACGCCGAAGUCGGUGCGGCGCGGCCAGUGGAGCUCCGACCAGAGGAUCCUAGGGACGCCGGACUACUUGGCGCCGGAGCUGCUGCUGAGGAAGGGGCACGACUGCGCGGUGGACUGGUGGGCGCUGGGGGUGUGCUUCUACGAGUUCGUCACGGGGAUUCCGCCCUUCAACGACGAGACGCCGCAGCUGGUGUUCAGGAAUAUCCUGGAGAGGAAUAUCGAGUGGCCGACGGACGAUGAGGCGCUGUCGGAGGAGACGGUGGGGGCGAUCGAGAGCUUGCUGACGUCGGAGCCCGAGAAGAGGCCGAGGGCGCCCGAGGUGAUGAAGAUGGCGGUUUUUAGCAAUACGGAUUGGGAGAAUUUGUUGCAGGCGCAGCCGCCGUUCGUGCCUGACCCUUACGAUUUGACUGACACAGGUUAUUUCCAAGCGAGGAACGAAUUGCUCAAUUUUAAUAUUUCGAAUUUCGAGCUGUAGAUUUGUAAGUGGGGUUGUUGUAAUUAUUUUUCUACGUUUAUGUAUGUAGUACAGUUUAUGCAGACCA